GCUACAGCAGCAGCCCUGUGGCUGGUGACAGGGCUGCGUGGAGCUGUGUGGAUGAGUAUUUACAAGUUCUUGCCGGGUAACUCCGAAAGCGGCAGUGGCACUUCAAGGAUUGCUUGGCCUCCCCUACAAAUGGAAAAUGUUUGAAUGAGGCUGUUGGCAGGGGUGAUGCUGGUGACAGCCAUGGAGCAAAUAAAGGAAAUCUGAUGCUUGCUCCGCAGUCCUUUCUCUCCAAGGCAGCCUCACAGUGAGGGAGCCUGGGAAAGGAAGAGCCAGAGAGCAGUUGCCAAUCAUAGGUCUUUGUCAGGCUGCCCUCAAGCUAGUUGCAACAUAAAGAUCUGGUCCCUGCGUCUGCUGAUCUCUACCAAAUAGCAAUGUAAAACAUCUUUCAACCACCCUCUGCCGGAGCUGAGUGCGUGAUGGAUUCUGUAGCUAAUUCCCAGAGACGUUCUGCCCCUCCACUCCUGGCUCAUCUCCAUGUGGAGGUUGCUGGUGUAGCAUCCAGCAUGAAUUUGUGCUGGCGUGACCAGCUAUGGGCAGAGGUUCUGAUUUCAACCAAGCUCUCUUAGGGGCAGAGGACUGCAAGAGACCUCUGAAGUUAUCAACCCUUACUGUGAUGAGCAGCUGCAUCCAAGUGGCAAAGUCAAUCUUGUUUGCAAACAUACCCAGCUAUAGGUCUCAAAGGCAAUUAGGAUUUUGGACCCCACUAUUCCUAUUGAGAGGCUGAGCCAGAACCUUGCUGCUCUUAUGGUUAGAAACCUGCUAAUUCUCAUCUUAAAUCUAUUCAGGGACAGUUUAUACCCAUGUGUGCUUGUGCCAGCAUUGCCUUUUAGCUUAAAUAGCAUUUGUCUCUCCUGGUUUGUUUACCCCACUGAUGUAUUUAUAGACAGCAAUCAUCUCCCCUCUCUGCCUCUCGGUUGCUAAGCUAAAUCUCUAGCAAUUUAGUUGAGUUCACUGUGAAGCAGUUCAUACCAAGCUGAAACAAGCUCCUCCUAAACCCAAAUUACAGUAUUUACAUGGGGACUUGCACUGGUUUCAGUCACAGCUUAAAUGAAACUGGUGUGGUUUGCUCAGGUGGGCUUGGCUUUUGGCCACAGCUUGUGAGAAAAGGUUUAUUGUGGGUGGGCUGAGAUGCUUUUGCUGAAGUGGGGCUUUGGGGAGCAGAGCAUUAGCUGGGGAGAAACAGUGCAGAGAUCGGACUGUGGGCAAUGUCACAACCGGAGCCUAAUGCCUCGCUGCACCCUGGACUGUAGGAAGCAUGCUGGGAUUGACUGUCUGGUCUGUCUCACUGCCUGAACAGCUGGAGAGCUGAGACAUGGCUGCAGGAGGCAACUCUAGGGUCCCACAGAUUGGCCAUAUUGCAGAGAUAUUCCCUCACUCCUGAAGACAGCUGGGCUCCCCAGGCCACUUGUGUGUGAGGUCCCAGGCAGCAAUGUCAGUGGUGCACACAGCUGCGGUUGGUUUGGGGUGAGGAGCUCAGGGUCCCAUGGGGGUUUGUCACUGGGGAAGCCCAUGAGGGGAGAAAAAGGACCUCCACCCCAUGUUUGCAGCUGUCUACCCUGCAAAUCAUCUUUCUCUUUUUCUCCUGUUUGUUUAUUUGCAAUCUGCUUUCCGAGCCCUUUCUGGUGUCAGUUGACCAAAGCAUGUUUGAGAAUUCCAAUACCGCCCCCACACCAAAGCUGCAGCACAGCAAGUCCAUCUCCAAAGCAUCUCCCAUGCCUCAGCCAGCCCAACCUACAGCUGCCGAGCCCAGCGGGGCCGGACUGCGAGUGGGAGGGAGCCAGCACCUCAGGAACCUGAGCAAGGCCGUGGGGGCGAAGGUGAAUGACUUCCUCCGCAGAAAGGAGCCUACCAGCUUCGGAGACGUGGGCAUGACGAAGAUCAAUGCCAACGUGGGGGCCGUGCUAGCAGGCGGGAUGCACGCCCAGCUGGAGGACGAGGCUCACGAGGAAGGGCUUGUGCUGCUGGAAGCCUUUCCCCGCCUUGACCCACCUCCCCCUGUGACCAAGAAGCGCACUCCCCGGGCUCUCAAGACCCCCCAGGACAUGCUUAUUUCCACCCAGCCAGUUGUGAGCAGCCUGGAUGGCACCGUGAAAACAGCACCUGAGCAAAGCCAAGAGUAUCUCGACCAAGCAGCCCACGUGGAGGAGUGGAAGGUGGCAUGGGAUGUGCCUCAGCCAGAGGGCAAUGCUGAGCAGAGCGACCCUGGCAGAGUAGUGCAAAAUGGAGAUGAGCCCAACCACAAUGGCGCCUUCCCUGUGCCUGACCUCAUCUACAAGGAUAACCUGGAGGGCAAAUUGAAGGCUGCUGACAAAAUAGCAGCCUCUCCUCCCUGCCCAGAGAAACCUUCCCUCAGACUUAGCCUCACUCCUGCCAACCACCUGCAUGAGUACCAGCCCCACGAGGGCAACGGCCAGCCUGAGGCACAGACCUCUGGCCUGGAAAAUGAGGGACCCCACCCAGACCUCCUGUCCUUUGAGUAGCUGCCCUGGGGUCUGGGGGAAGCAUGCGGACUAUCCUCAGGGGGGCAGCUCAGCAGAACUGGCAGGAGCAUACUGCCCACUCUGUGCAAGGGAACCUGGGCAGCAUGGAAGGACCAGGGCACUAUGCAGGCCUGGAGCCACAACUUGUCUCUUUUGGCGCUAGUGGCUCCUACAUGGAGCAGAAGGAAAGACAGGAGGCCAGGGGCAGCCAUUGUGCCACUUCCUGCCUUGUGCAGUGCAACCUGCAGGCACUCUCAUCUUCAAUAUGCAGGCUUAGCUCUUAGACACCACAGGUCCCAGUACGGCACUAUCUUUUGCACAAUGUGAUAAGCAGUUUCUGUGGACUUCAGCUCCAGGCCAAAGAUGAAGCUGCCUGCAAGCUGCUGCAUUGCGCAGUAAGGGGCUGCCAUUGUGUCCUGGCCAGCGUGAUUCCUAGUUAGACAUCUUUUGUGCCAGCAUCAAUGAUCAAGGAUCAGUGCCAGCAUCAAUGAUGUUUCCUACAGAGAUGUGGCCAGGGGGGGCACUCCUUUAAUCAUUAGCACAAGACAAAAGCUGCCCUAGUAGCACCUGGCCAGGGAGUCUGAAUGCUCCCAGAGAGGGGUACACAUGUAGAGAGAGAUUUUUGGAUGAUUGAAUUUUCAUGGUAGAGAGGAAAGCUGGUGGCUGGGUCUGCUGCAUAUCUGCACCUCAGAGGAGCUAGAAGAAGGAGUCAAAUAAUGUAGUGGAGGGGACAGAGGUCUCGUCAUUAGAAACUACUGGUACUAGCGCUUGAACAUCUUGUGCUCUGUUUCCAUCUAUGCCACUGAUUCCUUCUAUGACCUUGGCCCUGCUCCCUGUUUUAUAAUGUCAUGGUACAUCAGCUGGCUGGGGUGUGCUGCGGCUAAAUUCUUCAGUGCCUGUAUGUACAGUCCUGGACAUUGUGAAGCAUUCCAGGUGUGCUACAUCUGUUGAUUAUGGCCUCAGUCUCCACUGUUGUAGCUCUGUCACUGCUGUUGGUUUCCUAAUGUAAUUUUCUCUGCAGGGUGGCUGCGUGCAGUAGGAUAAUCUCAAUCCAUGCCUUGGUGAAACUCUAGACUGUCCCUUCACACCUUUUGUCACCCUUCCCUGCCAUGCAACCUCCUGUCCUGAAGCCUGCCUUUUGUCAGGCUAAAGCUAGACUUGGGCCCCAUGUUUAGGAUAAGUCAUCGCUGCAGAGUUAACUUGGGUCAUCCGCACCCAGGGACAAGUACCCAGUUGGCUAUGUUCCAGAAGUGACCAGCCACCCUACCCCAUUCCUGUGUCUUGCCUGUUGCCACAAUCACCUGGCUAUCUCGCUAGGACCUGCUGCCACACUUACUUAGCUAUCUCUCUGGGACUGAUUGGGACACAUGCCAUGGUCCUUUGCCACGCAGGAAAGCUGAGUCAUUCUGUGAUUCUUUCCUUGUAGGUUUGGUCAGACAGAGAAAUGUGGGAAGUCCUUGAAGGGUACCAGUGAUUCAGCAUGGUGUCCUCACUGCAAAACCAAAGGGGAGGCGGUGAGGGGUGGGGGGAUACUAGGUGCAGAGAAAGUGGAGUGGGAGCUGUACCCCAGGCUCCCAGACCAGGCCAGCUCUGGGACCACUCUGCAUUCGGGGGAAAGCAUUCACCUAAGCUUAUUCUGCAGUAAGGACAUUGCCUUUGGAGUUUCAAGUAGUAGAUGUGAUUGUAAGAGAUAGUAUCUAUGCAACAAUUUUGCUUGUUUCAUUUCAGAGCCAGCUAAGCAGGGCUCUGUAUCCUGCUUUCUGAGAACAGGCAUGGAGGAGGAGGAGGCUGAGGAGCAGGUUCACUGCAAGGACAGUGCAGCACUGUCUGGCUUUCAGCCUCAUUGUACUGAUGGAAGGGGCUCCUGAAAUGCUGUGGAUUCAGGCCUCAUUUAUUAGUUCACCUCUUACUCCACUGAUGAGCUGGUGGGGUGAACAUGUGCAGUUGUUUCAGCCCUGGGCCAGCCCUGAUGGGGUGGUUGAAUACUAAUGUAUAUGACUUCCCCUCCUGGGAUAUCCCAUGGCCUCAGAACAGAGGUUCUGGAAGACAUUGGUUUAAUUUUAUUCCAGGCCUUAUGCACUGAUUCCCUCUGUUUUGUCCCUGGGUCUCCACUCCCCUGGGUUGGAAAGUCACCUGCAAAAAAUACCAAGAGGCAAAACCCCAAUCUCAGAUUCUUAGCUGGUGAGAACUGAUGCAACUCCAUUGUCCUUCAGAAGGGUCACACUGAUUGCAUCUGGCUGCAGAGAGAGCUGUGGCCAAACUGGCAUGGCUGCUACCAGUGGACGUUUCCCCUCACCACCUCACUUAGGGAUGCUCCUUGCAGUAAUGCCUUCCUGUCCAGACCCAUUGAAAUGUCUGUGUCCACUGCUGAGCUGAUAGGAUGGGGGCAAUGACACCAAUGAAGUGAACUAUUUUGCACCAUCCAAACCCACCUCAUAGUCCUACCAACAUAUGGAGUGUCAACAGUAUAGUUUGGACUCUGCAUUAACAUAUGAGGGGGAUGUGAGAAUAUUCCUGUGCCUUGAAUUCCCUUGUAAAGGGACCACCUGAGAAUGAAUCAUGCCUCUGAAAAUUGUUUUGAGUCCAGUGAAUGCUGAUCUGUGCCAUAGGAUCCUGGAUACAAAAUGGUCAUGUAUAUGUGUGUAUAUUUUGUAUAUGUCCAAUGCUACCACACAAAUAGAAAUUAUAUAUAUAUAAAUAUAUAUAUAUAUAUACGUACACUGCCUAUAUAAAACUAUGUAUAAUGUAUGUUAAUCAGAAAACAGGAGCGUGUGUAAUCUCCCCCUUUAGUGAAGGAGAGCGUUUCAGGGCACCAACAUUUUGAAAAACAAAGUGAUGCUAAUGUGUGCCAAAAGCCUCUAUUUAUGUUAGUUAGGAUGGAUACAGAGUUCAGAAUGAGCCAUGCUGAUUGCACAAUAAAGAUCCUUUAUGUGUGUUGCAA